GACCCUGCUGACGUCUGUACCUGUCUGGUAGAAGGUUAAACUUGCCGGUAUACAGAGCAGCACUAACAUGGGCUAUUAGCACGUAGCAUGUAGCCGCGGCGGAGUCUUGGACGUUGGGGUGUGUUUGUUUCUCAGCAGUUUGGAGUUACUCAUUCACCGCAGGAGGAACGCCACACCUUACCCUGAAUCACAGGAGACACCAGGAGAGAGCCAGGAGAGCCAGGAGAGAGCCAGGAGACACCAGGGGACCCAGGAGAGAGCCAGGAGAGAGCCAGGAGCCCGGAGCCACCAGGGGACCCAGGAGAAGUCCCGUCCCGACCCACUAGAGACCACAUCCUCUACAUGGCGGAGUCACCCGUGGAGGAACCUGUUCCAAGGUUGGGGUCACAGGACCCUGGAGAAGACCAGACCACCUCUGAUCAACCAGCUAGUACUACUGAUAGUACUACUGAUAGUACUACUGAUAGUACUAUCGAUAGUACUACUGAUAGUACUAUCGCAAUUACGACUGCUAAUACUACUGCAAGUACUACCACCAGUUCUACUGCAAGUACUACUGAUAGUACUACUACUACUGAUAGUACUACUGCUGCUGCUCCUGCUGACCCCAGCUCUCCUCCAGCCCCGCCCACCAGCCUGGCCCUGUCGGGGCCCCGCCCCCAGAGGAGGAGGGUCCUGCUGGCCCCCGCCCUCAGCCUGUCUCUAGGGGGUGGUGACUCCCUGGCCUCGGAGGACCUCCCGUUCGGCCUCCUGUCUCCCGACCCGGAGGACGCGGAGCUGGACCGGGUCCUGGACGGCAUGGCCACGCCCUCCGACACCGAGUCCAUGGCCUUCCCCUCCUACGACGCCGACAUGCUGGAUGAGAUGCGGCGUCUGGGUGUGGCCUCCAGCCAUCGUAGGGUUGGUGGCCCCGCCCCGGGAGCGGAGGCGGGGCUGGGCUGCCUGGAGGACGAGGUGGACGACCAGGGCACCAGGUGGCGCCGCUUCACCCCCGGGGACGAGCCCCAGGAGAGCAGGGUCAACAUGAGCCUCAUCCAGCCCUUCCUCAAGGUGCUGUCCCAUGGAGGUUACUACGGAGACGGUAUGAAUGACAUCAUCGUGUUUUCCUCCUGUUACCUGCCAGAGAACAGUCUGGAAAACUACCAGUCAGUCAUGGACCACCUGUUCAGGUACGUGGUGGGUACGUUAGACCUGAUGGUUUCUCAGGAUUACGCUGUGGUCUACCUUUGUGCUGGAGGCCAGAAGGAGAAGCUGCCAGGGAUUGGCUGGCUGAGAGACUGCUACACCACCAUCCAACGCAGACUGAGGAAGAACCUCAAGGCUCUUUAUGUUCUUCACCCCACCUGGUACAUCAAGGCCCUCAUCACCUUCAUCAAGCCCUUCAUCAGUUCUAAGUUCAGCAGGAAGCUUCAGUUUGUGAGCAGCCUGAGUGAACUCUCCCUCCUGGUUCCUACUGAGCAUGUGCAGAUCCCCGACUGUGUCAAACAGUGGGAUCAGAGCGGUCCAGGAUGACGUCACCCCCCGGUGCCCAAGACGUUCUCUGAUCACAUGACCCAUGCUUGAUGUUGUCAUCAGCAAUAAAGGCG